GUGUCAAUUGGGCGGUUGAUCUUCGCCGCUCUUCUGAUGACCCAGAGUGGAUUUCUUGCGGCAUACCUAGCAACUUACCGAGAUGCGACCAUGGCUGUUCUAUUUGUUCUGUGCAUUCCGGUACUGGUCUCCUGGAUCUACUGCCUCAGCAAAGAGGCAGGCCUUUUAGGAAUGGUUUUCACUUGGGGACUGUACCUUGUAGUUUUCUUGAUUCCGAUAAUUGCCAUCAUAUUUGCUGUAGUUGGCGACGACCUCGACAAGGAGAACUUCCUCGGUCCCAACGCUUUAAAAGUAAUUUUGUGCCUUACACCAGUUCUCUUUCUAUUUUUGCCGAACACAGCUUCGGGGUUAAGUGAAAUUGACGGCUACCCACAACUUGCUUUCAGACUGACAAUCCAGGUAACCAUAGAUCUGUUUGAUGCUGUUGAAAUGCUUGACAUCGUCCUCCACGAGAACGGAAACGGCCAUGGAAUUCCAAAAUGGUUUGGAAGACUCAUGGUGGCAGUUGCAUGCUUCAGUUUCCUAUUGUAUCUCUUGCAAAUGGCAGAAAACAAACUCGAUGGCAAAAAGAUCGUGCAGAGCAAAUGCCUUGCCAUUAUCCGUAACGUUAUGCAAAUGGUGUUUGUCAAUUUGGUGUUCAUGGUAAUCCGUCUGGUUAUCUUUUUUAAAUACAAGAAAGAGGAGUCAAUCUUCAUCGCAAAGAAUGAUAUCGCAAUGUUUUUUUCCGCCCUGGGAAUAUACUCCAUCUGGCAGAAUCAGCGAAAUAACAAACUUGAUCUUCGAGUUUGAGCCUGUCCAGUACUCAUCAAUCAUUGUAGGUUUUCUUUAUAGGGAAAGAGUAUAAAGUGCGAUCCCGCAAGACCACAGCCCUAGGCUACCGCAAUAAUAUAGAAACCAAGAAAUAUUUACGAAGCUUGUAUGUGACCUCUACUAGUGAAAGGACAUAGAUUUAUGGACGGUUAUUUCAGUAACGUUUUCCUCGUUUCUAUCAAUUUUCAAAUAUUAUAAAAUGUUUGGGUAUUGCAUAUUACACUGAAUUAUGCUUGAAACUACAUCUAAAUCCUGCUUUCGACACAUAGUACAGUACAUAGCCUUGGCUAUAACUAGUAAAAGACGCAAGAAGUACGUAUUAUUCUUAAAAUAUAGUUACCCAACUUCAAUGAGAAAGCUAGAAGCUCAAAAGCAUCCUCUCAGGAUAUGUUGUGAUAUUUAGGUGAUUUAUAAUUUGUUCUGACUUUUCUGUUCUUUGAUAAAAAGAUUCAGAUAGUCCGCUCCAAUCAAACUCUUGUUAUUUAGAAGUGUUCACUAUUCCAGUUGUCCCCUUAGGGGCUGGUCGUUUUGUGAGGUGGGGUCGGCCAUUUUGCUGGGGGGUCAUUUUUUAAAUCUUGAUUGUUUUGGGGGGGUCAUUUUCAGAAAAGGAAGCGUUACCUGGGGGGUCAUUUAAUGAGAAGACUGUUAUAACGAAAUAUUUUCCUGUUAUAUAAGCGAAGAAAUCUAUGUAAGGUAUAACAUUUAUUUUUCGGAAAGCUGAAACUACAGCGAAAGACUAGCCUGUGAGAUGUGGUUGUUACUUCCCUCGAGCGUAAAUGAAUAACCACAUUGACACGGACAAAUUUGCAUACUUAAGGUUGUUGUUUACGCUUAAAUGAAAACGUGUGACCCCAAACGAAUUGGACGUGCGAUGCUCACUAAAAUGAUAAAAUAAUGUUAUAGGAUGAGUAAAGGUUUGCUCAAAAGACGGGUUAUCAGUAAUAGACCGAGGAUCGAAUGAAACACCAGGCAAGAUUGAAGCGCAUUUCUAAAUGUACCCGACGAGUGCAUUUGAUUUCGGAUUGAGGUGAACGCUUUUCAAACCGGAAAAAGUAGUAUCCAGGUCAGCGCAGUCCCAUAGCUCAAACGUCACGCAAAUCGGUUUAAAUCAAUUUCGUCGUCUUUAAACCUUUCACUACCUGAGUGUUUGAUGGAGUUUUGUUAGGUGACUCUAACUUUGGAGUCUGUGGACGAAAUCCUAUGAUGUGACCAUUCAAAUGAAAGCUCUCUGCCUGUACUGUCACAUUCUCCUAUUUGUUUGUCAAAAUUUUAGAAAAUGAAAUUUCGAAAUUUGGUCGAAAUUUGCCUUUGGCCACAUUUGGCAGUGAAAGGGUUAAUUCAUUCCUUUUAGUGACACUCUCCAACUUCCACUGUCUCUGGAUCAUUUUCUUUUGCUAUUUUCGUUGAUCGUUAAAAGUAUCGUCCAAUAGUAAUUGCACGGGAAAUACCCCUAACAGCUCUUCUCGGAAAGUCAGCGGAAGGCCUUCGCAGUUUCUCAGAAAAGCUGUCGCCUUAGCCAUACAAACAUCUUUCAACUGUUCCUUUUGUUUAAGUGACGCUUUUUUGUUUUCUGUGUGCGUUUUCGUAGCUACUGGCCUUGAUGUUGUUACAAAUACGUUUUUAGAAACUGUCGCUGGCUGUUGCAAAGGCACUGAGUGGUUAAUCGAAGGUUGGGAAUAUGCCGAGGAACCUUUGGUAAAUACCUCAGUGCAAUUCGUAAUUUAAAGCAAGACCGAAGUCAAGUUAUAUGGACUGUGAGCGGGUGCUGUGGCACUUUCAAUCUUGCUGAGGCGACAUUAAUACUUCCAACCGUUCUGCCUUCUCAGAAGACUGGAAACAUGAAUCUAGAUCUAUCUUUUGUGUUUAAGAUGAUCGGGCGUGGGACAUUUUUCGCUCUGACAGUCACCCAAGGCCUCCUGCUUGCCUCUUAUCCAGCAAAAUACACUGAAAAUGAUUAUUGGUAUGGCAUAGCACUUAUUUUGUACAGUCCAUCGAUGAUCCUGUGGCUCUGUCUGUUACCCGAGCGGUCUAGACUGAAGGCAAACCUAAGUUGGUCAUUUUGUGUAUGGGGUUUGUAUAUUUUCCCGGGAUUGAUUCCAAGUAUUGGCAUCGUCUUUGGAGGUGCAGGAUACCUCCAAUCAUACAACACGACUGUAAAUGCCACUCAUUGUGAUGCACCUCUACGAGUUUCUAACGAAACAGCAAAUUUAACGCUGUGUGAUGAUCUUUUAAGAGCUGCUAACGAUCUCUGUGACCUUCUAAGAGCGCCAGUCUUGACCGUAAACAACGACACCAAAACACUUAGUUCAACGCUCUUAAAGGGAACACUUUGUGUAACACCACUUCUGUUGCUAUUGCUGCUCAACACUGCAAGCGACGCAAACGAUACCGAGGAGAACAAGGACGAUGUUUAUAAGUUGUGUGUACAGUUGGCGGUGGAUCUCUUAGAUGCAGUCGAAAUGAUAGACAUCGUUCUGGACGAGAAAGAGCACAACUAUGGAAUCUCCCAAGGAUUUGGCAUAGCAAUGAUUACUGUUGCCUGCAUAAGUUUUUUGCUAUCGCUCUGGCCAAUGAUAGAAACUAAACUGCAUGAUAGGAAAAAAACUAUCUCAGCAAUAAGUCGCAACGCUGCUGAAAUAGGUCUGGUAAAUGGACCCUUCUUAGUUAUUCGCUUGGUGAUAGUAUUCAGUUAUGGAAAAGACGAAUCCAUCUUUGUCGCCAAAAACGUCAUAGCGAUCAUACUUUCUGUUCUUGAAAUUCGUGAUGAACUUGCUUAA